AUGUGGUGUGACUUAAAUUUCCGGCCGGCUCCGCCAAACUUUCUCUUCUUCCAUCCCUACACACACAGUUGUCUGAAAUUAAACAAAGAAGGAACAACAAAUAGGAACAACUCCUACACGGGCAAGGAGAGCGAGGCCUUUCCCGCGCCCAUGCCGCUGGGCCAGCUCUUCGCGGCGCUCGAGUCGCGCCACCCGGGGAUUGGCGCCCGCAUCCUCGACUCGUGCCUCGUGACCGUCAACCUCGACUACGUAGACGUGCCCAAGACCGACAACGACGGCGUGGUGAUCCAACCGGCUGACGAGGUGGCUAUAAUCCCGCCCGUAAGCGCUGGCUAA